AUACUGCGCGUCAUUUAGUUGUGUUGGUGGGAUAACGCUCUUUGAUAAUGUUGUGGCAUAUUUUAUUUAUUUUAAACUUAAUACUAUCUUUAACUUUCUCAAUUCUAGAGACGGAGAAACUACCACAUUUCGCACUUCGUAGCUUCUUGUCUACAAACGAUAUAGUUUAUUUUAAUUUCCCCAUACCACAACACACAUUCGUUACCAAACUCUCAAUAUCCGUCACCUUUCACGGUUGCAGUCCUGAAAACAUCAGUUUAACUCUUCGUUCAGGAUCUUUUCCUGUAGUCAGACCAUUCGAUGUCCCAGUGCCAAAUGGUGUUUUAGAGCCAAGAAACUCCUAUUCACUAAACAUACCGAUUAAGGAAUCAUUCAAUCUAACAGUUACUUCGGACGAUUGUGGGACUUACUCGCAAUUUCAUGUGAAGUCAAUUAAUCUUCGAAAUGCAGCAAACAUUGACAUAAAUAUUCAUGGUCCUGUUGUUGGCAUGUGGUAUAUUGGUGCUUACAUGACCACCUCUUUUCAGAAGGAAUGCAUAGCAUGGCUAUUACCAUCUGUCAGACACGACAUUUCUAAUAUUGAUGGACAUAUUUCAUACAACUAUAAUCCUCAGUUAAGACACAAUCAAUCAAUUUCUUAUGAUAAACCAUUUAUUGAGGGUAUUUAUAAGCUCCCCAGCAGAACAAUAUUUGGUUCUCAUGCAGUAGAAAAACUUUUCCACCGGAAAAAGCGACGCAAACCUUCUUAUCAUUCUGUGGUUCACUCUACGGCGGACCAACCUACGCACAGUUCUUUGAUACCUCCAAGUUCAUCAACAGAAUCAAUCAACAUUAAUCCAUACCAUAUAAGGACAUUAUCAUUCUUAAUGUCACCAUUUGACUUGGAGCUGGCCCCCAUGGAAGGCAGAUUAUAUUUAUUAACCAUCAUGGAUGUGAUGACUAGUAUUGACGUAAUAUUAGAAGACUGUAGAAUUGUUACACCGAUUGCUCCAUCUCAUGAAAAUAUUUCGGUGUCCAAGCAUAGUAAUUCGACUUCAAAUGAUCAAACAAAAUCAUCUUUGCAUGAUAACUUGCCUAAUGAGAUUAUAUUUGAUUCUUCUGCUUGUCCAAUUAUUAUUGAUGGUAGUGUUGAAGCUUUACCAUCUAGUCUUUCUUAUCUACAUCAAUCUCAAGGAUUUAGAGUUUCGACAACAGACAAGCCUGAACAUGGGAUCGGUUUUUCAUCGAAUGUUGGUUCACCAUCUUCAAAGACUUUCAAUUAUACUCAGGACUCAAGCAUUCAGAGGAUAUUCCGCUUACUAGGACUUCGAGGUUCUCAAAUAAAUCAUUAUUUAUACAUUCUUAAUCAAGCUUCUCAUGUUGCUGUGUACUCACGGCUGGUUAUAAUUCCUAAGUUUGGUUGUUCACUAAUGAAAAAUUCCAGAAAUUUCCAUCAUAAUGAUUAUUUACAUCAACAAUCUCAAAAAAUUUCAUUACAAUUUUUAUCAAUGAAACAUGAAAAUAAAUCAUUUAAAGAUAAGAUCAAUUUUAAUCGAACUAAUAAUAUAAAUUAUCGUUUUUUCUUAAGUAUAUCAUUAUUACCUUGGAUUAAUUCCGAUUGGCCGGAAUUAACACCAGAAUAUGGUGAAAAAAAGUGGUUAAAAACAUAUUCUUCAAUAAAUACACAACAAUUGAUCAUAUCAAAUUUUGGUUCAUUUAAUUUUAAUCAUCCAGGAUAUCAAGAUUUACCAUUGUGUUAUAUAUGGCCUACUCCAACACGUGUUCAUUUACCAGUGAAAUUUACUUAUCAUUUUGCUUAUCAACCUGAUUUUGGUCGAUACGCCAGUCUACUUCAUUUAAAACCAUGGCAUAUUGUAGUCAUACCGAUAACAUUAAAUUCAGUAAUGGAUAUGUCAAGUGUUCUUGAGAUUGCUUUACAACUUAAUGCAUUAAAUGUUUCUUGGCAAUUCAAUGAAACAUACAGAGAGCCUUUACCACGUCAAAUUAUUCUACAUGGUUGUUUUGCUAGACAUUUAACUAAUACACCAAAAGGUUUCACAGAUAUUCGUCAAUGUCCUUUAUGGAUUCGUUUAGCUACAGAUCAUGGUUUAGCGGUAUCUGUAGCUCAUGCUAUUUCAUCUGCUGCUUCGAAAGUUUUCGCUUCUAGUCAAUCACCACGUCGAAGUGAACGACCGCCCAAUCUUGAUACUUCUUUCAAUGAAGGUGUAGAUCGAAGUUUUUUAUUUUUUCCUUAUCCAACACCUGGACGCUGGUAUCUUAGUUUAUAUCCUGAAUGUUACACAGAAUAUGAUGCACUUUGUGGAUUGGAUCAGUCAGCAGUAAUUGAUGUUUCACUAAUAAUACGUUCAACUCCGUGCAUAAAUAAUCACUGUCGACAGAUCGGUGAAGGAGCUACAAUAGCUCCAUCUCGCCUCCUAUAUCCGAAUGAAUUAAUAGUAAACACAUCACGUUCUAGAGAUGGUAGCCAACGAUGGCGUCCACCAUGGUGGUCAUCUGAUGGUAGUAAUAAAGAUAAUACUAAUAAAGAAAAUCAUCAUUUUAAAUAUAAUAGUCCAUUUACUUAUGUUCCAGUUAAAAAAAUUGGUAAAAUACCAGGUGAAGGUAUAUGUAUUAAUCUUUUUCAAAGAUCAAUUCAUGUAUCGACAUGUGCUUGCCCUAUUGGUUAUGGUGGACUAGGUUGUAUGCCAUUACCUAUAGAUUAUUUUAAAACUUUUGGACUCUAUCCUAAUCGACAAAUAUUAUCAUAUGAUGCAUUGAUAUUGGCUUUGUCCAAUUUCGGUUUUAUACCAGCAAUUCUGCUGACUGUUAUUCAUCGACUUUGGAUACCGGCAUUAGUUUAUGGAUACACUUUUCUUUUUUCUACACUUUAUCAUAUUUGUGAUACAGAUUCUAAUCUAAUACCAGGUUACAAUGUUAUGCAUACACCGAAUUAUGGUAGUAGUAUGCUUUAUCAAUCUACAAAUAUUGCAUUUAAAAUGAAUAUUCCAAUUAGCAGCAGUAGUAGUAGUAAAUCAUUUAUUUAUUCACAAUUUACCUCAUCAAUAUGUGUAUUACCAGUGGAUACAUUAUCAUUUUGUGAUUUUUUUGGUGGAAUUUUCUCAAUUUGGAUAAGUACAUUAACAAUAGCUGCAAUACCUAUGAAAUAUACACAAUGUGCAUUUAUUAUUGGUGCAUUAUUACUUACAGUUGCAGUACAAAUUGUUCGUUAUUCUAUUGGUAUUAUUUUAGUUCCAUUAAUAAUUGGAUUAAUAAUUAUUCUUUAUUCUUGGAUAAAUUUCUGCAUUAAACUGAAAAGUUUAUUUCCACCAAUUCAAUGGUGGAUAAUUAGUUUUAUUCCAGGUGUAUUAUUUGCAACUAUCGGUGCAUCAAUGUUUUUUCAUGGACAAUCAACACAUAACUAUACAAAACAUCAUAGUAUAUGGCAUAUAUUAAUUGGUUUAUCAUUAGCUUGUUUUCUUCCAUGGCCAUUUCGAUGGCGUAUAGCAUUAAGUCCAAUUAUUUCUGUACAUAUACCAUUAUCAUGUGGUAAUUUACCGAAACAUUAUGAUUAUAAUAGUGAUUUAUCAAAUACUAAUUCAUUAGUAAUACCAGUUGAAAUAAUACAGAAUGAAUCAGAAAAUCUUCCUGGAUGUAAUAAUGUAUUAGAUGGGAAUAGAGAUGUUAAUCUUUCCAAUGAAUAUAUGACAUUAACAAAAUUAUCAUAUAAAUCAAUUUUUAUUAAUAAAUUAACUAAUAAUUUAAAUAAAUUAACACAAUUUACAUCUAAAAUAUAUCAAAAGUUUACUUUACAAAUAGAUAAACAAAUUCAAUUGAAUUUUCUACUUGAUCCAUUAUGUACACGUUGGCCAAAGUUAAAGUGGAUAUUACCUUACGGUUACAAGCCAAAGAACGUUCUCUCUGCUGAUACUCAAACAGAUUAAACUGGCUUCUUUCUUUUAACACCGCCCAUCAAACACUUCGUUGUUUUUGUAAUCCUCCAUUUAUAUUAGGAAAAAAAAAAUAACUACAAAACUAGUCAGCCCAAUUUUUUCUAGAUUUUUUAUUAUUUCAUUGUUUUUUGUAAACUUAUGGUUGUUAAUUUGUCGAUUUUUUUUCCAAUGUGUUCAUUUCUUUUGUUUUACAAAAAAAAUUGAAUUUUUAGUUGAAAAUAAGAUUAUAUGUAGCCAAUUUAAAGUUGGUUACUAAUCUGUAUAAAACUUUUGUUGAGUAAGUGUUUAUACUAUACAAAUAUUUAUGUGUAUGUUGAGCACUUCGAUAAGUAAAACUAUCUAUCAAGGCUUUACUGGUAUGUUCAUUUUACAUUCAAGGUAUCAUAAGGAUCAAACCGAAUAAAUAUUUAUGCAUAUUUUUUAAAAGAAAAUCAUACUCAUAUAAUUAACAUCUGUAUGUUCCCAGUCUCCUCAUUACUUUGUUCUAAUAGAUUGGAAUAUUUUAUAUAUUUUCCUUCGGGUCGGUAUGUCAAUAAAUUACUGUAUUUGUGUGUGUAUCAAUUUCUUCUACUUUGCCAAUUAUUACAUUCAUUUCCUGUAGAAUACUGAUUCCUAUGCUCCGUUACUUUUUUUUAAAAUCAUUUUACGCAAG